AAAAAAAGGUGUUGCUGAAAGACGUAAUUAUUGCGCGACACCACGCAGCAUCCCGCCCCAAACAGCGCGACAUUACCGUGCCUCCUUCCUUCUCAGACUCAGGUGAGUGUUGUUGCUUUUAGUGUUUGUAAAUUAAUACAGACAUAAUGCUAGCGAUGCAUUUAAUUGCAGUUAUAUGCUGAAUUAAACGUCAAAAAAUGAUUAGCUUACCUUGCUAACUACAGCAUCUGGUACGGUCUCUGAUCUGGUAGUAUCAUGCUAGUUAGCUAGCUAUCUAGCAUAUUCUAAAAAUGGCGACGGCACUGCAGGUUGAAAACAAAUUCUGUUAGCCCAAUAAUUAUUGGUUUGCAGCGUGUUUGAUUUUGUUUUAAAACCAAAUUACCAAAAGCGGUAUGGACAGCUGCUUAAACAUUUGGUGGUAAACAACACAUUUAGUGGUAAACAGUUAAUUAGCAUAGUUUACCUGCACGUCGUUGUGCAACUGCAUGGUAUGUUUACGAAAGUUAGUUAGCUAGGUAGUUACAUUUUACAGUUACCGCAGAGAUGUCACGUGAUGUAAAAGCCUGCCUUACGUCAUACUAACUUGAGUUUCACAAAAUAUUCAUAUAUAAACCGUAUAAAGUUUUCUUUACAAUGUGUUUAUCAUGAGGUGGUGCAUUGUAAAGAGAGUGAUUUUCAGUGUUUCUGUUUCCAUGGCUACAGCAGGUGUCACACAGGUGGCAGUAAAGACAGGGUCAUGGCUAUGGCAGCAGAGCCAGUGCCGGAUGCAGUCUGGGACGAACGCCAGGCCUAUGAAGAGCUCCUGUACUGGGACAGCCUGAUACAGCGAGGCCAUCGCCUGCUACCACACGACUUUGACAGGUACUGUAUCGCUCCAGGGUGAAGUUUCAACUAGGAACAGAUCUAAGAUUCGCAUCCCCAAUCCUAACCUUAAAGGAAAACUCUACCUAAAACUAUUUUUUGGUGUUUGUUUCAUUAGUCCAUUGUUGAUAUAGUCCCAAAAUGUUUUGCAUGUCAGAUAUCAAGUUUUCCAGACAUAACUUUCAAAAGUAUGAAAAUGUAUGCACUCACUUAGUAUGAAAAUGUAUGCACUCACUAACUGUAAGUCGCUUUGGAUAAGAGCGUCUGCUAAAUGACUAAAAUGUAAAUGUAAAAUACAGAAAACAGCCGGUAUGAUGCAUUUGCAUCAUAUGAUGCUGCGUUUUGCAUCAUAUGGUGCAAAAUGCGUCAUACCGGCUGUAUUUCUGUAUUUUGAAAGUUAUAUGUCUGGAAAACUUGAUAUCUGACAUGCAAAACAUUUUGGGACUAUAUCAACAAUGGACUAAGAGUUUUGGGGUGGAGUGGGGGGAAAUGCAUCCUCAUCCCUGCCUUUACUUUGACUCCACACAUUGACUGGUUAUAAUAAUGUUACAUUAUGAAAAUUACAAUGUAGUAUUUCUACACACAAGGCAUUUCAAUUCUCUCCAAAGGUUGUGCUUAUCUCUUUAAAAAAUUGGUUGAUGUUGAAUCUACGGAGGUAAACUUAGUACUGUAAUUGAUUUAUAUUCUAACUACUUUGUGUCUCUCCCCUCCCAGAUAUGAGGAGCUGCGCUACUGGUAUGACUGUCUCUGUUACGAGGAGGAGCUGAGGCAGUACGAUGAGUACAUCGCCGCCAUACAGGAGAUCGAGGAGAACCGGCCCCAAACUGAGGUUCCAACUUCCACCUCAACUGUUUCUCUUCAUGUCAAUACAAAUUCCCUGUGUGUGAAUGUAGCGCUGGCUAAUGCUUGUAACCUCCGAAUGAACACAAGGAUUGGAGAAUCAGAAUUAGCUCUGGGUGUUGUGUUGAAUUCUACUUGAAGAACAACCUCAUUAUAAUGGCUGGAAUGGAGUGAACGGAAUGGUAUCAAGCACUUGGAAACUGUGUUUGACGUGUUUAUAACAUUCCAUUAACUCUGUUCUAGCCAUUACUAUGAGCCGUCCUCCCCUCACCAGCCUCCUCUGCUGUACAUACCGUUUAUAGGCCAACAUGAGAAGCCGAUUGCACCUACCUUGAUAUGUUGGACAGAUGGUCCUAUGAUUUGUUUCCAACAUGAUGGUCAUUAAUAAAAUAUUUUAUUUCCCCUCUUGCUAAGAGGCAUGUAAAUGCGGAAGUUGUAGAUGAUACAGUAACUACAUUUUUCCAGUCACAUUUUUCCCCUCAGCCUAUUUGUCAUACUGGUUUUCCAGAUCAUUCACACACAUCCUAUUCCAUUGGAACAAAUUAAAGCGGUGCUUAGGGCUGGCACAGUGAUUGUAUAAUCGUGUAACCAACGAUUGUGGAUGAAGACCGUGAUGAAAAUAUAUAUAUAUUUUUUUUUUAAACUUUAUUUUCAAGUUGACAAACUUUACCCAAAAGCAUUAAAGUAAAAACAUCUAACAGCCAGUAUAAGGACAGACUAGAGGAGACAAAACUAGGCAGUUUUAGAAUUUUGUGUUGUGGAACGAACAGCUGUCUAAAGAUGGCCUGGCAUUCAAACAGGCGAGACGUACGGUUGAUUUAUUACAAUAAGAACAUAGAUUUCAGUUUUCCCUUACAAAUCGUUUUCCUACAGUGUGCCCAACUGAACACGACCCACAUCUCACUUACCCUUUUCCAUCUUACCGUCUCUCUUCCAGGCCCCUCCGGUGCGCACGCCUCCCAUGCGUAUCUUCGUGAGCGACGACCGCCACAUGAUGGCGAAGCACGCGGCGGUGUACCCGUCGUCUGAGGAGCUGGAGGCAGUGCAGACAGUCAUCUCCCACGUGGAGUGCGCCCUCAAGACUGUCUCCGACCUGCUGGAUGUGGAGGCCGGAGUCGGGGUGGCGCCAGUACCUGUGGAGGGGGCGGAGGAGAGGUAAGAAAGAUUAAUCAAAUACCCUGGUACUGUUUGGAAACGCUUCCUUCCUCAUUUCCUUGAGUUAAGCACAGAUUGAUACGUGAUUGGAUAGCUGAGAGCAGGAUUAACACCCUAUUACUUUCACUAAUCCAAGCAAUUAAGAUCUGUGAAUCUUAGGCGGCAGGUAGCUUAGUGGUUAAGAGCGUAUGGUCACUAACCGAAAGGUCGCGGGUUCGAAUCCCCAUGCCGACUAGGUGAAAAAUCUGACAGUGUGCCCUUGAGCAAGGCACUUAACCCUAAUUGCUCCUGUAAAUCGUUCUGGAUAAGAGCGUCUGCUAAAAGACUAAAAUGUAAGGAAUACUUCAGUAUAGGAAGGGAAAAUGCAUUUUUAGAGAGUGUGUGAAAGAAGUGACGGAAACAGUACAUCUAAUCCUGGAUGUGUAUGGUUCUUCAUAUCUUGUAGUUUUCCUUAUUGCAUUUGUCUCUGAAUAAGCAUUUCCUUGGUUCUCCCUCCCCUGUCCCAGUGAGGUGUCUCCCCCUCCAGAGCGUAUCCUGCGUGGGGUGAUGAGGGUGGGCCUGGUGGCCAAGGGCCUACUGCUGAAGGGAGACAUGGACCUGGAGCUGGUGCUGCUCUGCACUGAGAAACCAACCGUCACCCUGCUCAAGAAGGUGGCUGAGAACCUCUCCACCCAGAUUGAGGUAGUUUAUCUAUUUAAUUUAACCUUUACUUAACAAGGAAGUUCCAUUGAGCUCAGAUUACCUCUUUCCCAAGGGAGACCGAUACCCUUCGAUGAUGUUAACAUUGUCUCUCUUUGGUCAUGUUAAAGUGAGAGUAUGAGAGUGACAGAGAGAGUUGAAAUAGGACCUAUAUGAUAAGUAUCCUCAUUUAAAAAGGGCUUUUUGGUUGUGUAAGGUGCCGCCUCUAUGCUAAUAUUGUCUCUCCUUCUGUACUGUAAGUCAACCCUUCUGUAAGCCAAAAUCCUAACAGAUUUUUUUCUCCCAUCAUUCCAACUCUACUAAAGCUCGUCACAGAGGACAAGUAUGAGGUCACCCAGAUCCCAGAGGAGGCGGAGAUCGUGAUCAAGAGCAUCAAGGAGCCCAUCCUCACCCUCACCAUUCACCUGACCUCCCCCAUGAUCCGCCUGGAGGCCGAGCCAGAGGGUGCCGGAGAUACCACCCCCCUGGAGGGACCACCUGGAGGUAUGACCCCCCAGGGACCAGCCUCCAACCAGGCCAGGAGGCUGGGACAACCCACUACCCAACACUACCACGGCUGUGUUCAGGGCACAGCUUUGUGGGACGUCUCAGAUAGAAAUAUGAUGUAGAGAUCUAUUUGUGAUAGUAUCUAUUGAUGCACAGAUCUAUGUGUGAUACUUCUAUCUGCAAUGUUCCACAACAUUGUGCUUUGCUGAAUGUAGGCGGCCCUGGCACUUCACAGCAGGCAACUUCAGAUCAGCUACAGCAACAGCUGAUGAUCUGUGUGUUACUGUGCAGCUCCCUACUGAUCCGUACACUAAUACAUCAUUUAAAGACCUGAUCAGUCAAUCUAGAGAUGAGUGGAACCUGCACAGUUGCUGCUUUAGAACUGAUGCCAGUGAACAAACAAUCUGAUUGGUUCUUCACUGGAGCUCGGAGAUCUUCUAUUCGCUGUAAUUGUGUAACAAAACGGCGAAAAUCUUAAUCGCUACAAUGCCUAUUUUAGUCGUUAAUAAUACUGUAAUAAUGUUUUUAGUGAAUUUAAUAACAGUAAUGUACGACUUCAUUUACAGUUAAUUGUAUUGUUCAAGUAAAGAAAUGAAGGCUUUUCUGAGAAUGGCAGCCAAUGCGCGCAUAUAGAUUUGAUUGCAUGUGUUUUUAAUGCAGAACAGUGUAACGUGAGGUUCGUAUUGCAGCAAAACUGAUCGGCAUGACAGGUAAUGUUUUUGGACCCUUUGACCUGCCUGGUUGAAUGGGAACACAACCAGUCACAAGCAAGGGAGAUGGAAGGGAAAGUGUGUGUGUGAGAGAGCAAUAUGUGUUUGUGUGUGAGUAAUGCAUGGGGGUGUAUGUGUGAGAGAGGCAAAAGAGAUGAAUGUGAUCUAAUUCAAAGUCAGGAAAAGGGCAUUUGAGUUCAAUCAGCUUUAGUAGCUACGUCCUCCAAGAGAAUGGCCUAACCUAAACCCUUGUCUUGGCUCAAGGCCAGAUUUGGUUGCUGGGGGAAGCCAAGCCGUCAUCAGUUUUGCUGCAGUACCAAGCCCACCACAGAUGCAUUCUGAUUCCAACUGCCAGUAAUUCCAAACCUGAUUGAUUCUCUCUUACUAAGCCUUGUAGUGUGUCAGUUUUUAGGGACGCUGGACCUUUGACCAACUGGCCUCUCAUUCUGUCUCGGAAAGGGGCAGAGCAGUAUGAACCAAACCACUGGGGAGGGGGGAAGGGGUAGUAAGACUAUGAUUGAUUCUAGAAUAACAUAACAUACUGGCCAGAUUAAGACUAAGAAAGCCCCCCAGCAAAACCUUAUAUUGAGAAAUAUUAGGCUCUGGUACUCACUGUGAAUCUGAUGGCUAUAGGACACUCAUUACUUAGACCUAGCAUAGGGUUUUGUGCUACAGGGUGGGUGGGUGAUACCAUUCUCUAUAAAUACGGGGGAGUCCCCUUCCCCUUGUCCUGCCUUGGGAAAAGCUGCCUCCUCCCCGAGCCUCGAGACAGAACCCCUCCCUUGGUCAAACCGUACCUUGUCUUCUUAUCCCACCCAUCGACCAAUAGAAAAGCUAACGGUCGACAGCGAUGCGCCGGCGGACGUUCUGGACAGGCAGAAAUGCCUAACUGCCUUGGCGUCUCUCCGCCACGCCAAGUGGUUCCAGGUUUGCAUCCUGUCUUUACUUGUCAAAUAAAGUGUUCAGAUGAGCUUUUAUUCUGCCUUUACUUGUCCCAUAAUGAGUUGUGAGUUUGUAUGAUCUCCCAAUGCCUCCUUGUUUUCUAUGCUUUCAUUCUGUCUUCCUUGGAACUAUAUUGCUGUUAUUUGCUAGUACAACUGAUAUUGUAGCUACAUUAUGUUUUAAAGGGUCGCUACACACUAUGUAACCAUCGCUCAUUCAGAGGGGUUGGGUUAAAUGCACAUUUCGGUUGAAUGCAUUCAGUUGUGCAACUGAUUAGGUAUCCCCUUUCCCUCCUAAUGAAGUAUUUGGUUCCAAUGGUAUAUUGGAGGGAUACUCACUAACCUUUCUAUGCUACCUCUGGGUGCAAUAUUCCUGAUGACUCAAUACUGACACAAUUGUGUCAAUUCAAUUGGUGUCACACUUUUUUCCUUUGUGCUGUCCAGGAAUAUUAGCCUCAUGAGCCGCCUGCAUCGCACAUUCAUGUAAGCUCGCGGGAUAAUGCGGCUCGCGAGGCUACGGGAAUAUUGCACCCCUUUUAUUUAUUUUAUUUGGCAUUGCUCUAGGUAGGUAAGUAGGUAGUUGUUGGAUAUCGCACCCUCUUUGACUGAGCUCGGUCCGUGCUUGUCUCUCUCAGGCUAAGGUCAACGACCUGAAGUCGGCCGCCAUCGUGAUCCGUAUCAUGAGAGACCUGUGUAACCGCGUCCCAACCUGGGCUCCACUCAGAGGAUGGGUGAGUAAAAAAAAACAAAUAUAAUACAUUUAAUAUUGAAUAUAAUAAUAUACAUGUCAUACAAUAAAUAAUUACAUAUAAGUAAAUGGAUAUUAUUACAUUUGGUGGCAGCGGUGGCAUCCAGGUCUGAAUGGGAUUCAUUAUCUACUGUUCUCUCUCUGUUCUGUCCAGCCACUAGAGCUGCUGUGUGAGAAGGCCAUCGGAACAUGCGAUCGGCCAAUGGGAGCAGGAGAGUCUUUCCGCAGAGUUCUAGAGUGCUUGGCGUCUGGAAUCCUGAUGGCCGGUAAGUAUUCUAUCCCUAAGAGCUUCUGGAUAUCAGAACAGCGAUUACUCACCUCGAACUAGACUAAGAUUUUUUCUUGAAUGAGUCCGUCGCGAAGGAUGUACUGCAUCUCUGAGACCAGGCCCAAAUCCCCGUAAUUCGUGUGAAGAAAAUAAGGAAAUACAGGGGGUGGAGAUCAGGGUGCCUUGUGAGAAUUCGUCGGCGAGUGGGUAACCCGCCUCUACCAUCCGUUCUAUUGGCCAACAUCCAAUCACUGGAGAAUGAACUUGGUGAUCUCCGUUUGAGACUAUCCUACCAACGGGACAUUAAAAACUGUAAUGUCUUAUGUUUCACCGAGUCGUGGCUGAACGACGACACAGAUAAUAUACAGUUGGCUGGGUUUUCCAUGCAUCGGCUGGACAGAACAGCUACGUCUGGUAAGACGAGGGGUGGGAGUGUGUGUCUAUUUGUCAAUAACAGCUGGUGCGCAAUGUCUAAUAUUAAAGAUGUCUCGAGGUAUUGCUCGCCUGAGGUAGAGUACCUCAUGAUAAGCUGCAGACCACACUAUCUACCAAGAGAGUUUAUCUAUAUUUUUUGUAGCCAUCUAUUUACCAUCACAAACUGAUGCUGGCUCAAAAACCGCACUCAACGAGCUGUAUAAGGCCAUAAGCAAACAAGAAAAUGCUAAUCCAGAAGCGGCGCUCCUGGUGGCGGGGGACUUUAAUGCAGGCAAACUUAAAUCCGUUGUACCUCAUUUCUACCAGGAUGUGCAACCUGAGGGAAAAAAAAACUCUAGACCACCUUUACUCCACACACAGACACGUACAAAGCUCUCUCUCGCCCUCCAUUUGGCAAAUCUGACUAUAAUUCUAUCCUUAUUCCUGCUUACAAGUGGUCAGAUGACUCGGAUGCUAUGCUACAGGACUGUUUUGCUAGCACAGACUGUAAUAUGUUCAGGAGUAUACCACCUCAGUCACCGGCUUCAUCAAUAAGUGCAUCGAUGACGUCGUCCCCACAGUUACCGUACGUACAUAUCCCAACUAGAAGCCAUGGAUUACAGGCAACAUCCGCAUCGAGCUAAAGGCUAGAGCUGCCGCUUUCAAGGAGCGGGACACUAAUCUGGACGCUUAUAAGAAAUCCCGCUAUGCCAUCAAACAGGCAAGCAUCAAUACAGGACUAAGAUUGAAUCCUACUACACCGGCUCUGACGCUCGUCGGAUGUGGCAGGGCUUGCAAACUAUUACGGACUACAAAGAGAAACCCAGCCGCGAGCUGCCCAGUGACCAGGCCUAAAAUGCCUUUUCUACUCGCUUCGAGGCAAGCAACACUGACGCAUGCAUGACAGCACCAGCUGUUCCGGACGACUGUGUGAUCACGCUCUCCGUAGGCGAUGUGAGCAAGACCUUUAAACAGGUCAACAUUCACAAGGCCGCGGUGCCAGACGGAUUACCAGGACGUGUACUCUGAGCAUGCGCGGACCAACUGGCAAGUGUCUUCACUGAGACAUUUUCAACCUCUCCUCUGUAAUACCUAUGUUUCAAGCAGACCACCAUAGUCCCUGUGCCCAAGAAAGUGAAGGUUACCUGCCUAAAUGACUACCGCCCCGUAGCAUUCACGUCGGUAACCAUGAAGUGCUUUGAAAGGCUGGUCAUGGCUCACAUCAACACCAUCAUCUUGGAAACCCUAGACCCACUCCAAUUCGCAUACCGCCCCAACAGAUCCACAGAUGAUGCAAUCUCAAUUGCACGCCACACUUCCUUUUCCCACCUGGACAAAAGGAACACCUAUGUGAGAAUGCUGUUCAUUGACUACAGCUCAGCGUUCAACAUCAUAGUACCCACAAAGCUCAUCACUAAGCUAAGGACCCUUUGACUAAACACCUCCCUCUGCAACUGGAUCCUGGACUUCCUGACGGGCUGCCCCCAGGUGGUAAGGGUAGGCAACAACACAUCUGCCACGCUGAUCCUCAACACCGGGGCCCUCAGGGGUGUGUGCUUAGUCACCUCCUGUACUCCCUGUUCACCCACGACUGCGUGGCCAAGCACGACUCCAACACCACCAUUUUUAAGUUUGCAGACGAUACAACAGUGGUAGGCCUGAUCACUGACAACAAUUUAUUUUUAUUUUUUUAUUUAACCUUUAUUUAACCAGGUAAGCCAGUUGAGAACAAGUUCUCAUUUACAACUGCGACCUGGCCAAGAUAAAGCAAAGCAGUGCGAUUAAAAACAACAACACAGAGUUACAUAUGGGGUAAAAAAACAAAGUCAAAAAUACAACAGAAAAUAUAUAUACAUGUGUGCAAAUGUAGCAAGUUAUGGAGGUAAGGCAAUAAAUAGGCUUUAGUGGAAAAUAAUUACAAUUAGUAUUAACACUGGAAUGCUAGAUGUGCAAGAGAUUAUGUGCAAAUAGACAUACUGGGGUGCAAAAGAGCAAAAUAAAUAACAAUAUAGGGAUGAGGUAGUUGGGUGGGCUAAUUUCAGAUGGGCUGUGUACAGGUGCAGUGAUCGGUAAGGGUGAUGAGACAGCCUAUAGGGAGGAGGUCAGAGACCUGGCAGUGUGGUGCCAGGAUAACAACCUCUCCCUCAACGUGAGCAAGACAAAGGAGCUGAUCGUGGACUACAGGAAAAGAAGGGCCUAACACGCCCCCAUUCACAUCGAUGGGGCUGUAGUGGAGCGGGUCGAGAGUUUCAAGUUCCAUGGUGUCCACAUCACCAACAAACUAUCAUGGUCCAAACACACCGACAGUUGUGAAGAGGGCACGACAACACCUUUUCCCCCUCAGGAGACUGAAAAGAUUUGGCAUGGGUGCCCAGAACCUCAGUUAUACAGCUGCACCAUCGAGAGCGUCCUGACCGGUUGCAUCACCGCCUGGGAUGGCAACUGCUCGGCAUCCGACCAUAAGGCACUACAGAGGGUAGUGCGUACGGCCCAGUACAUCACUGGGGCCAAGUUUCCAGCCAUCCUGGACCUAUAUAUUAGGAAGGCCCAAAAAAUUUUCCAAGACUCCAGUCACCCAAGUCAUAGACUGUUAUCUCUGCUACCGCAUGUCAAGCGGUACCUUAGCGCCAAGUCUAGUUCCAAAAGGCUCCUUAACAGCUUCUACCCCCAAGCCAUAAGACUGCUGAACCAUUAAUUAAAUGGCCACCCGGACUAUUUACAUUGAUUCCCCCCCCCCCCCCCCCCCCCACACCCUUUGUUUUUACACUGCUGAUACUCACUGUUUAUUAUCUAUGCAUAGUCACUUUACCCCUACCUACAUAUACAAACACUAACCUGUACCCCCGCACAUUGACUCGGUACUGGUACCCCCUGUAUAUAGCCUCGUUAUUGUUAUUUUAUUGUUACUUUUUAUUUGAUUUUUUACUUUAGUAAAUUUUUUCUUAACUCUAUUUCUUGAACUGCAUUGUUGGUUAAGGGCUUGUAAGUAAGCAUUUCACGGUAAGGUUUACACAUGUAUUCGGCGCAUGUGACUAUUUGUAUCGGGUAAAUAGAGAAAAUAUAGGGCCUAGAGCAUAGCCUUGCGGAACACCUCUCAGAACAAUGUAGAAAUGACAUCCACCAAAUGAAACCAAUUCAAAUGUUCUUCUGUUGUUCAAAGAUGGUCCGGGUAUCAAGGACCCGUGUGAGAAGGAGAAGGUGGAUGCCAUCGGCCACCUGGACACUCAGCAACGUGAGGACAUUACACAGAGUGCCCAGGUAUAUUUAUGGCUAUAACAUUUCAGGUAGAAUUGUAACAAAUGGAGCUGACAUGAUUCCCUAUUCUACUUGAAAAACGAUCAUAUCUGUUCUACACAAAACAUUUUUGUAGCUGAAAGUUCUGUAAUGUUGCGUCCUUAACACGCCCGAGGUAGAAUAUCAAAUAUAAAUUGUGUUAUUCUCUCCUAUGUGCUUCCCUUUGUGAUUGACUGUGUUCUAUGUUUAUUUUCCCCUGUCAGCAUGCCCUGAGGUUGUCUGCGUUCGGACAGCUGUACAAGGUGCUGGGGAUGGAUUCCCUGCCUGCCAGGGCACCAAGAAGGACCAUUGGGCCAGGCCUCAGAAACUACGGUUGUUAGUAUCUCCUCUGUUUUUGGCGAUCUUCCUGGCCUGUCCCAUGCUUCUCAAAUGUGACUUUCAUGUUAGCUGUCUAGUAGUAGUCUUGAUGUGUCGCGUAUUGAGCUUUUCCUGAACCUUGUCCCUUUUUCCAUGUCCCUACCAGCUCAGAUCCUGGCUAGUUCCACCUACCCUCCCAAGAGACCUCACGAUGCUGCGGACAAAGGGGGAGAUGACAGCAAGAAGAGGAAGUUUCAGAAGUUCCAGAAAUAUCAGAAAUUUCCUAGGAAGUCGUGUAUGUAACCGAUCCGAAGAGGUCUUCAAAUGGGAUAUUUCGUAGCUAUUCUACCAUUGAGGCUCUUUCUGAGGAGGCUAAAUGUGUUCCUGUUCUGAUAAGCUCUCUCCCUCUUUCUCUCUCCCCCAUCUGUCUCUUUCUCACUAUCUCUCUCUUUCUCUGUCGCUCUCCCUCUUUCUCUCUCGCUCUUCCCUUCCCCCAGCCACAGAAGAGAAGCCCGGUGACUCUCCUAUGGCCAUGAACGCCCUGAUGCGUCUCAACCAGCACAAGCCUGGUCUGCAGUACCGGCUGACAGGUCAGAGCGGUCCGGUGCACUUCCCGGUGUUCACCAUGUCCGUAGACGUUGACGGCGAGACAUACGAGGCCUCGGGGCCGUCCAAACGCACCGCCAAGCUCCACCUAGCUGCCAAGGUAAGGGUUUGUGUAGCUAGGCGAAAAUAUGCUAGCUGUACCGGUAGACUUCCAGUCAUUGCGCUAACGCUAGUUAGCAUUGGCGUGUAAAACUACCUGUAAGUUCCUUCAUACUGCACGUAGAGACAUAAAAAUGGUAUCCACAACUCUGGGUAACUAGACACAUCUCGCACUAUCCCUUUAAGAUGAUGGGUAGCUGGUACAACACAAGUUGGUCCCUGAAAUCAAAUGUUACUCUCUUUGAAAGAAGAAGUAGUGUUUCUCCUCUCUCUGUAACUUUCGCUUGCUGUCAUCAAGGUGUUAUGGCAUUGUUCUCCAAGAAUGUAAUCCACUGGUUUUGCAUUGAAUGCCUUGUCGUCUGUAUUGACUCUGUCUAUAAUGGCUGCCAUCCACCAAGUCCUCGCUCUCCCCGUCCGUCUCAGGUCCUGCAGAAGUUGGGCCUACCCACUGGACUGGAUGUGAAGGUGGAACCAAGCGAAGAGGGAGGAGCCAACGUAUCAGCCACACCUACAGCAAGUGAUGCGUCCAUGGCAUCUGACGAGGUAGUCAUUCUCUCUUCAUAUCUCCUAUGUUCUCUGGCUUUUCCCUGUGACUUUUUAAAAUUGUUUACUUAAUAUACUUUCAUAAAGCAGCACAAAGCAUUGCUACUUUACCUGUAGACUUCCAUUCAUUGCACUAAAGCUAGUUAGCAUUAGCUUGUGAAACUACCGCUUCCUUCCUACUGCAUGCAGAAACAUAAAAACGGUAUCCGUGAGUUUAUCUGACUCUGGGUAAGUAGAACAAGAGCUUAAAUGCCAGAAUAUCACAGUAUACUUUCAUAAAGCAGUUACGUUGCAUUAGAGUUGUUGUUGAUGAUGAUUUUCAUUGGACUUGACUGUUCUGCUAUGUCUUCCUGCUCUCAGAACGGUCCCAUCCUCACCAAGCACGGGAAGAACCCAGUGAUGGAGCUGAAUGAGAAGAGACGCAGCCUGAAGUACGAGCUCUCUGCUGAGACUGGGGGCAGCCAUGACAAGUGCUUCGUCAUGGAGGUCAGUCAGUGGCAGAUGGGUGGGGUUUGCACUUUUGGGACAAUUCUAUUGAGUCAUUGCGCAAGGAUUUGGAAACUAGAGUAGAUGAAUAACCAGUAAGGUCAGGGCUUGUGUCAACAAAGCAUCUCCGAGUAGAAGUACUGAUCUAGGAUCACGUCCCCCCUGUUCAUUACUAUCUAAAAGGCUAAACUGAUCCUAGAUCAGCACUACCACUCUGACGCUUUAUGAAUAUGGGCCCAGAUGUAGUUGACAGAGCAGGAUGUGGAAACAGUAACAAGCAUGUGUCUCUUCGUUACUGCAUAUUAGCCCAUAUUACUAAGUGCAUCUGUGACUGACACUUUUCCGCCACUCACAGGUGGAGGUAGAUGGACAGAAGUUCAAAGGUCGAGGCUCCAACAAGAAGGAGGCCAAAGCCUAUGCCGCCUUAGCUGCUUUGGACAAACUCUUCCCCGAGGGGGCGGGGCCCUACUAUAACCCUCACUCUGACCCCAAGAAGAAGAAACCAGUCACAUACACUUCCAUGGUAAGACAUGACAUAUCUUUCAUACACACACUGUAAUGCACCUCACAAUACUGUAGAAAUCAUGACUAGGAAUAGCCAUGAAUUAAUCCACACACAAACCAUGACUAGGAACCCCUUUAGUGACCUCUUACCCUCCCUCUCAACAGCAUAUCCCAGGCUUUGGCACUAUUCGAGGCAUUCCAACCGACACUGAGCCUAACAACCGGGGCCGCGGGCGAGGCAGGGGUCGAGGAAAGCCUACGACUGGCAGCAGCUACAACCAAAGUAGGACACUUUACUUGGACUGUCUAUCACAGGAUCUAGACUGGACUGUCUAUCACAGGAUCUAGACUGGACUGUCUAUCACAGGAUCUAGACUGGACUGUCUAUCACAGGAUCUAGACUGGACUGUCUAUCACAGGAUCUAGACUGGACUGUCUAUCACAGGAUCUAGACUGGACUGUCUAUCACAGGAUCUAGACUGGACUGUCUAUCACAGGAUCUAGACUGGACUGUCUAUCACAGGAUCUAGACUGGACUGUCUAUCACAGGCCUUUAAGAGCAUGUUCUCACAGAGAUGAGAUUAUCAGAAAAUCAUUAAAAUAUGGCUUAUUUUAGUUUAUUUAGUAAAUAAAUUAACGACUGGACAAUAAGCCAAUAGUCCGACUGUUUAGGAAAUCAUCCAACUCUUUUGGGCUCCAUUGCAGUAAGUUAAUACAUUUCUAUCUCUUUUCUUUUGAACAGCAAACUACCGUUAUGGAAGCAGUGCUGGCUCUGGUUAUCGUAAGUGUCUUGCUUCUCCCUCCACUGUUGUCAAGGGAACUAAUGAGUGAUAGAUUAGGUGUGUUCAUUUGUGUUUGGUAACUUUUCUUAUCUCGUUAGCCUGAUCUAUUCUACAGCCACUAUAGUCUAUUGAGUUACUGGGACCCAUUUGAAUUCCUUAAAAUGUACAUAGUACUUCCUUCCUUCAAGUGGCUUCCCACGGGGGGCCAGUAUGAAAAAUGUAUGCACUCACUAAAACUGUAAGUCGCUCUGGAUAAGAGCAUCUGCUAAAUGACCCAAAACAUUUUUUGCUAGAAAGCCAUGAAUUAGAUAGCCAUGUGCUCCCCUUGCAUUCACCUGUAUAAUCAUGUAUAAUGAUUGAAUUAGUGAUUAGGCCUACUUCAAAGAAGGCAGGAAUGGGCUAAGGGGGCCCUGCCGACUGCUAGCUUUGCUUUCUGUCCUCCUUGGCCUCUAGGUGGGGUCUUAACACUUACAUUUUACAUUUACAUUAUUUAGCAGACGCUCUUAUCCAGAGCGACUUACAGGAGCAAUUAGGGUUAAGUGCCUUGCUCAAGGGCACAUCGACAGAUUUUUCACCUAGUUGGCUCGGGGAUUAGAACCAGCGACCUUUCGGUUACUGGCACAACGCUCUUAACCACUAAGCUACCUGCCGCUCCACAUUGCUUCUCUUAUUUAAACCCUAGCAUCUCUCUCCAUCAUGUUGACUUGAAGGCUGGGGCUGACCUAUGGGGCUGGGCUGCAACUCAGUCCCCUUUACGCCAGAUGUCUAGUCCAUGUGUCUAACAUGAGAAAAACAUCUCAUGUGGAGAGACUGAAGUUCUUAUACAAUGUUGAGCAUUUGUCAUAAUAAUGUAUAAUAAGACGAAUUAAAAGGAAAAUAUACAGUAUUUGUAAUUCCUAGUUGAAGUUGUUUGGCUGAGAUACAGAGACCAUCACUAUACAGUUCUGUUUUUCUCAAAAAGAUAUCCCCUUCAAAGCGUUCGCUAAGUGUUCCUCCAACCAAUACCAAUGUCCUCCUUUCACCAUUCACACUAUCGUAACUUCUUUGUCCAUCUCUCCCUCAGACAAUCUGUAUAGUGUCGGUGCAACCGAGGCUGCUUCCUCUACAACCACCUCCACUGGUGACGCCUCCACCACGGGCUACGGCACCUUCUACCCCGAAUCAUCCUACACCACACCGGCCAUAACCGCCUCCACCACCGCGGCUGCCAUGACCGCUCAAGCCCAGGUCGGUGCAUCUUCCCUGGGUGCCUACCAAUCAGUGCCCCCUCCCCUGGACCAGCAGAGCCCCUAUAGUUAUGGCUACGGAGAGGAUAAGAAGAGUCUGCUGACUGCAGCCCAGGCCCAGCAACAACAGGUGGACUACUCCAUGUACAGUACAGCCUACCCCAGCUCUGUCACCGGGGGCCAAAUGUACAGUUACGGUGAGUGGGGAUUCGGUGAGUGGAAAUCUAUAUAAGGGGCCAAAGGAGGUCCCCACCGCCACACACACUCAUACACAGGUAACUGCCCGAUGUAACAGUGCCUUCAAAUAGUAUUCAUACCCCUUGACUUACUCCACAUUUUGUUGUGUUAAUAGGCUGAAUCUACCGCACACCCAAAGCUGAUUGGUGAAGGUGCUGGAGCCCAAAUGCUAAACUGGAGAAACAGGAAAAAGUAUCCACACACUUCCAGUCAGAUGCAAAUUUAUUUUAAUUAUAGCUGAGCUUUCGGUCAGUCGACUUUCAUCAGAGUUGUUACAGUCUGAAUUCAAAAUGGUUUCUCACCCAUAUACACACACACACUACCCCAAAAUGACAAAGUGAAAACAUGAUUGUAUAAAUGUUUUAGUUAGAAUCACCUUUUGGCAGCAAUUACAUCUGUGAGUCUUUCUGGGUAAGUCUAAGAGCUUUGCACACCUGGAUUGUACAAUAUUUGCACAUUCUUUUUUUUUUUAUUCUUCAAGCUCUGUCAAGUUGGCUGAUCAUGGCUAGACAGGCAUUUUCAAGACUUGCCAUAGAUUUUCAAGCCAAUUUAAGUCAAAAGCUGUAACUAGGCAACUCCAGAACAUUCAAUGUCUUGGUAAGUAACUCCAGUUUAUAUUUGGCCUUGUGUUUUAGGUUAUUGACCUGCUGAAAGGUGACUGUCUCCAAGUGUCUGUUGGAAAGCAGACUGAACCAGUUUUUCCUCUAGGAUUUUGCCUGUACUUAGCUCUAUUUCGUUUAUUUUUAUCCUAAAAAAAAACUCCCUAGUCCUUGCCGAUGACAAGCAUACUCAUGACAUGAUACAGACACCACCAUGGUUGAAAAUAUGAAUAGUGGUACUCAGUGAUAUAUUGUUGGAUUUGCCCCAAACAUAACGCUUUGUAUUCAGGACAUAAAGUUUGUUUCUUUGCCACAUUGUUUGAAGUUAACUUUAUUGCAAACAGGAUACAUGUUUUGGAAUAUUUUUAUUCUGUACAGGCUUUCUUCUUUUCACUCGGUCAUUUAGGUUAGUAUUGUGUAGUAACUACAAUGUUGAUCCAUCCUCAGUUUUCUCCUAUCACAGCCAUUAAACUCUGUAGGCCUAACUGUUUUAAAGUCACCAUUGGCCUCGUGGUGAAAUCCCUGAGCGGUUUCCUUCCUCUCCGGCAACUGAGUUAGGAAGGACGCCUGUAUCUUUGUAGUGACUGGAUGUAUUGAUACACCACCCAAUGUGUAAUUAUUAACUUCACCAUGCUCAAAGGGAUAUUCAAUGUGUGCCAAUAAGUGCCAUUCUUUGCGAGGCAUUGUAAAACCUCCCUGGUCUUUGUGGUUGAAUCUGUGUUUGAAAUUCACGGACCUUACAGAUAAUAAUAUGUGUGGGGUACAGGGAUGAGGUAGUCAUUCACAAAUCAUGUUAAACACCAUUAUUGCACACCAAGUGAGUCCAUGCAACUUAUUUAUGUGACUUGUUAAGCAAAUCUUUACUCAUGAAAGUAUUUAGCCUUGCCAUAACAAAGGGGUUGAAUACUUAUUAGCUCAAGACAUUUCAGCUUUUCAUUUUUUAUUUCUAAAAACAUAAUUCCACUUUGACAUUAUGGGGUAUUGUGUAUAGGCCAGUGACACAACAAAAUGUGGAAAAAGUCAAGGAGUGGGAAUACUUUCUGAAGAAGUAUUCAAUGCCCUUGUCUUUUUCCACAUUUUGGUAGGUUACAGCCUUAUUCUAAAAUUGAUUAAAUAGUUUUUUUUUCCCUCAUCAGUCUACACACUAUCCCUUAAUGACAAAUCAAAAAACAGGAUUUUAGAAAUGUUUGCUAAUUUAUUUUCAUAAAUUAGCAAUUUAUGAAAUAAUUUACAGUACUUUGUUGAAGCACCUUUGGCAGCGAUUACAGCCUCGAGUCCUCUUGGGUAUGACGCUACAAGCUUGGCACACCUGUAUUUGGGGAGUUUCUCCCAUUCUUCUCUGCAGAUCCUCUCAAGCUCUGUCAGGUUGGAUGGGGAGUGUCGCCGCACAGCUAUUUUCAGGUCUCUCCAGAGAUGAUCGAUCGGGUUCAAGUCCGGGCUCUGGCUGGGCCACUCAAGGACAUUCAGAGACUUGUCCCGAAGCCACUCCUGCGUUGUCUUGGCUGUGUGCUUAGGGUUGUUGUCCUGUUGGAAGGUGAACAUGUUCCCCAGUCUGAGGUCCUGAGUGCUCUGGAGCAGGUUUUCUUCAAGGAUCUCUCUGUACUUUGCUCCGUUCACCUUUGCCUCUACCUUAAAGGCCUGAUUGGUAGAGAUCUCCCAUCUUCACAGAGGAACUCUAGAGCUCGGUCAGCGUGACCAUCGGGUUCUUGGUCACCUCCCUGACCAAAGCCCUUCUCCCCAUAUUGCUCAGUUUGGCUGGGGGGCCAGCUCUAGGAAGAGUCUUGGUCUUUCCAAACUUCUUCCAUUUAAGAAUGAUGGAGGCCACUGUGUUCUUGGGGAACUUCAAUGCUGCAGAAAUGUUUUGGUACCCUUCCACAGAUCUGUGCCUCGACACAAUCCUGUCUCAGAGCUCUAUGGACAAUUCCUUUGACCUCAUGGCUUGUUUUUUGAUUGACAUGCACUGUCAACUGUGGGCCCUUAUAUAGGCAGGUGUGUGCCUUUUCCAAAUCAUGUCCAAUCAAUUGAAUUUACCACAGGUAGACUCCAAUCAAGUUGUAGAGACAUCUCAAGGAUGAUCAAUGGAAACAGGAUGCACCUGAGCUAAAUUUCGGGUCUCAUAGCAAAGGGUCUGAAUACUUAAGUAAAGAAGGUAUUUCUGUUUCAUUUUUUAUGAAUGUGCUAAAAUGUCUAAAAACCUGUUUUUGCUUUGUCAUUAUGGGGUAUUGUGUGUGUAUAUCCAUUUUAGAAUAAGGCUGUAACGUAACAAAAUGUGGAAAAAGUUGAGGGGUCUGAAUACUUUCCGAAUGCACUGUAUAUGUUGGAUAUACCAAUAUAUAUAGAUUUUUAUAAUCUGGUAUUCUUUCUGAUAUUGGUUCUGUUUUUAGUCACUUGAUAUCCAAAUGUGGUCUGAAUAAUGGUUUAAAGAGUGUUAGUAGAGCAUCUGUUUUGUUGAUUAUUUAAUGCCUUGUUCUUAUUGACGUUUCAUUGGUCCGUUAGGCUACGGCAACCAAUCAAGCUUCAGCAUGUACGGGAACGCCUCCUCCCAGGGCUACGGGGCGGCUGCUACUACCCAGACCCAGCAGACCUCCUACCCCACGGGAUACGGAAACAUGAACUAUCAGUACAAGUAGGAGGUACCCCACACACACACCCCAUCCCUCUCUCAAGCCUUCACCCAAAGAGGAAAAGAAGACCCCCAUGUCUUUCUCUACUUUCAUUAUAUUGAUUCAUCCUAAACCCUCAGUCAUUUUCACCAUCACUUUAUUUCAUAAACCAGACUGUAUCUAUUUCUUUAUUUACCAUGUGGUAAAUGUAACCUAAAUGUGUCUAACAAGUAGUUCAGUUCUGUAUAGUGAUGAUAAAAAGGAAAUAAUAAUAAUACCGCUUUCGGAAUGAUGCUAUCUUGGGUCAUAGACUUCUUGUUUUGUUAGUUUUUUUGGUUUCUGUUUUUCUGUCGUCAAGCCACCCGAGGUUGAAUAUGAAUGUAAACUGAGAAUCUGUUCUUUAAAAUAUCUGUUUCAAAGACUUGUUUUCUUGACAUUUUAUUUUGUAAUUUUAAUUUUUAUCCCCAUUUUUAUGUUUUAACUGUUAUUAUAUUAACCCGCAGUGUGGUAGAAAAAAAUUAAAAAGUUGACAGUCAUUUGGAUUUUUAUGUGAAAGGGCAAUGGAAAUGUGUUAAUUGCUGUUUCAUUGUAAGGUUUGGGUAAAAGGCUUGUAUCUGGUUGUUUGUAAGAAUAAAUUACUUUUAUUUUGGA